CCCAGACUUUUACGAACCUGCGUCACAGUUCCUCUCUCGUCUUCCUUCUCACAGCUUUUGACGAUCUUUUGCUGGCGAGGAGAGAGAAUCGCCGUUCGCCGCCGAUUCCUUCUUGAUCUUCUUCUCCUACAAGGUUUUUCAAACUCUGUAAUAAUGGGAGAUUUCUCGAUUAAGAUCAGUUCAGGGCUAAUCAAUCAGUUAGCUAAAGGCAACGAUGAUCAACCAAAGAGGAAGGCGAAGAGAACCAAACCUAAAGUCUCACCACAGAGGAAGUCAGAUCAAACGAAAACAUCUCACCACGACGCAGAGAAACCGAAACCAGCGGCGGCAGAACUGCCGAUUCAGCCACCAUUCUUCUUCCCAAUACCGCAACAAGCGGCAGCAAGCGCGGAGUUGGAAUCGAUAAAAUCCGUUUUGAAAGAGAGUGAGAUGGUUCUUGAGAAGUUGGAGAGACAAGAAAAGAACAUUGCUCAUGAAGUGACAGAGAAGGCCAAGGAACUGAGGGAGAAAGAGUUUAAGAUCCCUGAACCGAAACCAAUGCCAUGUUCUUCGGAUAGCGAAGCGUGGAUGAAAUGCUACAAGGAGAACAUCGAUAACCCGUUGAGAUGCAGCGGUCUGGUUAUGAGAUACCAGGAUUGUGCUCGCCGGUUCAAGCAUCAAGUGAGUUCUGAGGAAAAGUAGAGGUAAACACAAUAGGUUCAAAAAGGCUUUUUGAGAUAAGAAGGGAAAGAGUGUUUUCUUUUGCUUUCUUAGAUCCUAUGAAUGAUCAGAAGAAUGAACUUGUUUCCUUUUUAUUUCUUGGAGCAAAAAAAAAAAAAGAAAGAAAGAACAAAUAAGCAGAAUCUGUGAUUAUGUUCAUGAGAUCAAAACUUUUAAAACUCUGUUUCUUGAUUUACUGUUUUGGCUUAUCUUCAUGACCUUUUGGAUUCUUAAUGUUGUUUUUCUAAUUAUUUUGGAAUGAAUCCUAAACAAGUUGAAGAAUCACACAUUCCUAGUUCUUUACUUGCAA